GGCCGCGGGGACCCCGGGGAGAGCGGGGGGCCGCCGCCCGCCUUCCCGCCUUCCGGGCCGCGGGGCUCCUGGCGCUGGGCCGCGGCCGCUGCUGCCGGGCCGGGGCCUCCCGCCUGAGGGGAGCGGCGGCCGGGAAGCGGAGUGAAGGUGCUGAGCCGGAGAGAGCAGGUUCAUGUUGGGGACAAUUUUUUCAGUAAUUUCAUCCUCGGUUAUAUAUUCAGCAGCAUAUACCGGACAGUGAAAUGUCCACAAAGAAGAAAAGGAAGAUAAAUCAUUCUAGCCAUAAAUCCAAGGAACACAAAGCUAAGUCCCACCCUCCGCGGAAAGUACUUCCACUUGAGGAACCAGAUGUCUCAAGGAUACUGAAGGUAGCAGAAGACAAUCAACUUGAGGACCUUAACGAUUCAUUUGAUCACCCUUUGCACAGUACUGCUGUGGAUGCUUAUGGAGAAGAGUGUUCACAAAACAAGUCACUUGGUCAUGUUUCAUCACAGCAAAGGAAAAAACCAGAAAGAAGGAAAAAAACGCAUCACUCAAAACCAUCUGAUAGUGAUGUUCAGAAAUUCAGCUCAUCUGAUCCUGAAGAUGAACCCCCCAAGGAUAAUGUGAAGGCUCUGAACACUACUCGACUCCAGGCGAAAAAAAAGCGACAACCUUCAGAGGACAGCACAUCCGAUCUUUCUGAGGAUGGCCCAUGUUCUGUACAGCUUUGGUGUCCCAAAGAGCUGAAGAGAUCUUCUAGAGAUAUUACAGAACUGGAUGUUGUUCUGGCUGAAUUUGAGAAGAUAACAGCAAAUUACAAACCAAGCAUAGAAUCUAACAUUUGCAAAAAAGCUAUCAAUGGCUUCUGUUCUGCUUUCAAGGGCCAGAUCGCCGAUCUUAUAGUAGAAGCCCAGCAAUUAAAGGAUAUAAAGAAAAAAAAUGCUAAGGUAGUAAAAGACAUCAGUAAGAAAAGCCAGCAACUGUUGCAACUCAGAGAAGAGCUCAUUAGAGCUGAACCACAACUGAUACAACUAAAAAGAGAGUAUGCUGAGAUGCAGGAAAGGACAUCUGCCUUGAGACAAGCAACUGAAUUUGUUACUGGUUUAAAGGAGCUACAACAAGACUAUUUGGAGUAUAGAGAAGAAAACCCAAAAGAAAAAGAGAUAUAUGGACUUUCCAGCCUCCCUGCUCUUCUGGUGGAGUCGCGGAGAAUUCUAGGAGCAGAAGGACACUUUCAGAAUAUUAAUAGGAAACUGGAAGAGGCUCUGGCUGUACAAAGAGGGAAGUUAUCAGAGAAACAUUAAGUGUUUUUUAAUAGACUUCUUGAUGUUCAUUAGGAACAAGUAUUAGAAAUGUCAGUGCUUAAAGCUUGUUUAAUCAUCGUUGCUCUAUUUUGCUUCAAUGUUUAAAAGAAGUCACUGACUUAAUCAGAGAUUGUAUCUUUCUAUUGUCAAAUAGUUUGUGGGAGAACUUAGUGAAAUUAAUAAAAUUGCAGUUCUA